AAACACUCAAAGAUCAAAGAGUUAAAAAGUCUAUAUCUAUAAAAACAAAAAAAAAAAUUAAAUAAAUACUUAAUAACAAUAAAAAAAUAUAAAUAAUUUUCUAAUCUAAAACGUAUUAGCAUCAGCUGUUGGACACAACGUGUUUUUAGUUUGAACUACGGCUAACUUCACCCUUUUUAUUUACUUCUAAACGUAUAUAUGUACGCGAAAUAUAAACACUAUUGCUUAAACUUUUAGUUUUUCCUACGGUUUGCACAAAUAUAUGAAAAGGAAAGGAAAGUAAUAUAAAAUUGUACAAUGGAGGUAGUUCAGGAGUUACAGGAGCGUGCUUUGCCCGUUUACGAACAAUUAAAGAGAUACAACAUAUGUGACGACACUGAAAUCAGUGAUUACAAACAGAAGAGAGAGUCCUUUGCACUACAACUCACACAAAAAAGUGUCAACAGUCGUACUUAUGUGGAAUAUAUUAUACUUGAGCGUAAAAUGUAUCGCUUGGUUGAGCGCAAAGAAGCCAGCUUUAAAACCGAGUUGAGAGGUUUGAAAAAUAAUCUUAUUAAUCACAUUACCAAGUUGUAUCGAGAAUGUCUACAAAAAUUUCCGGAAGCGGAAGGCCUGUGGAAUCACUUCAUAGAGUUCAGUAAGCAUUCGAAUCCUGCACAAGUUCUUGGCAUCUACGAAAAGAUGCUCACUUACCAUGGAUCCAAUGAAAAAAAUUGGGUGGAAGCAGCAUUGUGGGCUUUCAGCAAUGAUAGCGAAAGUCUUGUGUGGCAGGACAUUUGUACAAGAGGAUUACAGCGACACCCUAAUGAAGAAAUACUUACCAAAACCUUAUUUGAUUUGUUAGUAUUUGUUGCACAUAAACGAAUUGAAGCUGGUCAGAGGCUGGAUUAUGAGAGCGCAUUAAGACAAGCUGAAUGUGUAUAUAGAAAUAGUCGCACAACAAUAACUAAUUUGCCAUUUUUCAUCGGUUUGGUGCGGCGUUGUGAAGAACCUCCAUUUAUAAAUAUUACAGCACCAUUACAAUUAAAAAUUAUCGAAGACCUGGUGGAACGUUAUCCGUCACAAGAAAAAUUGUGGGACUUUUUGGCUCAACGUGAGUUACGUGGUUUUGCACUGAGUGAUCUAAAAGAGCAUGCUAAACGAAGUGAACAUGAUAACGUAGCCGGUUUGGAAACUGAUAAUCUAGAUGACAAUGGUUCCAAUUUCAUCAAACCGAUAUUCAAAGACCGUUCUAUGAGACAACGUAUCGAAUUGUGCGCCAAGGUAUACGAGACUGCUUUAAAAACGCUGAAAACUCGUACGAUGUGUCACGAUUACAUUAGCGCUAUGUUGAUCAUAAAUGAAAAUAAUGAAACAGAUUUGAAAACUAGACGUAAAUACUUGGCAAUGGCUUUAAAAAUGGGACACGAAUCUGGUCUAAUGAGUGAGGAGCAUUAUUGCGUCUUUUUGCGUUUAUUAAUCGUAACCGAAACCGGUAGAAAAAUAGCCGAAUCGAUUCUCAGUGAAGUAUGUUCUGCAUACAAAUCAGUGAAGUUGUACGAGGUAUGGCUUUCGUACUAUAUAAGUCAAAACGAUUCGGACAUGGUAGAAAAGAUUCAUGCUAAAGCCGUAAAAGACCUUGGAGAUAAGUCUGGACCAAUAUUUGAGUUAGCUAUACAAUACUUCAAAACACGUUAUGAUGAAGACCGUUCCACGCUUGAGCGAUUGUACCGCGAUGCCAUUAAAAUGACUAAUCCAAAAUUCGGCAUAUUUCGUGCGCAAUAUCUGGAGUUUUGCAUGAUUAAUUCUCCGUUCGACAAAGUACGCAAAGAAUAUGACCAUUUAAGUCAGUUGCCACCACCCUGUUUAAAAUUGCAUGAAAAAAUGGCUGAAUUGGAAUCCCAAAUUAUAUUAAGGACUAAAAAAGACACAGAGCGUCGACGACAAGUGUAUGAGAAUAUGGUAUUGCAAUUUGGUAAGGAUAAUACAUCGGUUUGGAUGGAAUACGUGCGUUUUGAAUGUUCUUAUGGUGACAAAAAUCGUGUAAUACAUAUUUAUGAUCGAGCGAAGGCGACUUUAAGCGAGAAUUUAGUGUAUCCCUUCCAAAUGGAAUAUGAUUUAAAAAAGGAAAAUUUCAAAGCUGAAGCUGAUUAGUUUAUGUUUACAAAUUAUUAAAAAAAAAGGAAAUAAAACUUAUACAUAUAUAUAUAUGUAAAAAUUGCAUUGACAA